AUGGCUUCACAGCCUCCGGCGGGCCCUGGAUCGCCGCCGGCCCCUUCGGCCGGCCCUGAUCGAGGCUCCGGAACCCUUCCGGAGCCGUCCCCAACCUCAAGGGCUAAACGCCGCCGCAGUACUGAGGCCCAGCCAUCCCAGCCCAGCCUCGUGGGAAGCAAGCCCGACGCCUCUACGACAGCCCCCUUAACGGCUAAGGGGCCUACGACGAUAACUGGAACAGCUACUGGAGCUGUCCUUACAGCCCUGGAUGAGGAAGCGAAGCACUAUGAAGCCCGGAAGGACGUCUUUAUAGCUAUCGCCAAGUCUGUGGAUAAUGUGGUCUCCUGCUUUGAGGGGCCUAGGAAGCAGAUUGCAAAGGAGGCUACAGCCUAUAUGAUCCAAGCCUUGAAAAGAAUCAUAGGUAACAAGGCAGCAGCCCCAGCCCUGCGUUGGGCCCAGCCUCCUCAAGCCCAGGCCCAGACCCAGCCCCAGGCUCUAACCCAGCUGAAGGAGGACCUCCAGGUCUUUGCCCGUAUCCCUGAAGAGGGCCUAGGGGCUGCUAGGAAGCAUGCCCCUUUUACCCUACGCCGUACAGUCUGCCAGGCCCUAAGCCUCCAACUAGCAGAUAUCCCACAUAUCUACCAUAUUGCAACUAGCUACUCGCUAAGACCCCUGAACAAUGAGGCCCUCAACCCAGCCACUCUGGUUGAAGAGGAGGUCUUUGCACAGAUGGGAUCGGACGUUAGCGAUACAGCAAGCUCUAGCAGUAUGGAGGAGGAUGAGAAUGAGGCUGAAGCAGACGUCUCUGACAGCAACCCUAUCCUACUACCACUACCUACCCAGCAUACCCCAGCUACCUCAAGCAGCAGGGUCCAGCGGGUAGCUCAGAAGCCUGAUUAUAACGUUAUUAAUGCCUACACCCACCUCGACCUCGACUCGGAGCAGCUAUAG